GGAAGGGCAUUUGUGAUCUGAAAACCAUGGCAGCAGUAAGGGCAGACCACACAACCAAUUGGGAUUCCCUCAGUUGUGACAGCUGUGGAGGUCAUUGGAAAAAAGAAAAAAAGCCUCAAAUGACUCGUUCACAGGCCUGGACAAAACCGAACAUGAGCUCUGAUCUGGUACAUUUGAUCAAGAAGGCAGUGGAGGUCAUGCUGCCACAGAAACUCCAGUCAGCCUCCAGAUGUACUGUGAAAGAAGCUCAGUCUCUAGAUGAGUCCAAACGCAUCAUCAGAGAACUGGCCCUUGAAGUCAACAGAGUCUCUCGGCACAAGAGCCGUGCUGUUCUCUCAAGUGUAACUGAGGACAGCUGCAGUCUGCAGGAGUGUCAACACUUCAUACUGCAGUGGGCUGAGGAACUGAGGCACCUCCCACAGAGAAAAGAAGAACAUAAAGCACAGAUUCCAGCAGGCCAGAGCUCAAACCAGACCUCAUCAGAUGCCAGGAGCACAGUGAAACAGCAGCAGGCCCAAGAUCUCUGCAGUCCAGCCCAAGAGGAGAGGCUGAAGGAAGCCCAGCUGACCCUGGAUCAGUGGGCCUGGAGUCUCCAGUCUCUGCCAGAGAAUUCUGUGUGUCUGGGAGAGGAUGUUGAUGUGGUUCUGAAGGAGCUGGAGAAACGGUGGAAGAAAUGCAAGCUACCAAACAUGCUCCCAGUUCUGGAGUUCAUCAUGUGGAGUGUGAUCCAGGAUCAGCCUCAGGAGGGCUCUGUACCUCAGGUCAGAAGUACAUGGCGAUAUAAGAAUAAAGCUGCUUUCCACCACAUUCCCAGCUCAGUGUGGAAAUGGAUUUGUAUGGAAAGAGCUGACAUCAGGCUGGAUCCAAGCACUGCAAAUCCAGAUCUUAAAGUAUCUGCAGAUGGAAAAAAGGUGAAGAUGGACACCAUCAUAGAGAGUGAACACAACCCCAGAGAUGGGAACCACAGGUCUCCUCAUAAGUAUGAUGGGUGGUGGUGUGUGCUGGGAACAGAGGGCUUCACCUCUGGGAGACAUUACUGGGAGGUGGGGGUUCAGGGUAAGAAAGAAUGGAGGGUUGGAGUGGUGAAGGAGUCUGCAGAGCGCAGGGGCUUCAUGCCGCUGAACACAUACACAGGCUACUGGACUUUACGUUUGCAGCUUGGGGUGCUCAUGGCCCUUACUGCACCGGUCUGUAAACUCCCUCAGUUGAUUCCCUCCAGGGUGGGGGUGUACCUGGAUAUAGAGGAGGGGCAGCUCUCCUUCUAUGAUGUUGACAGAAAGUGCCACCUCUUCACUUUCAAUGACAGCUUCACUGAGAAAGUCUUCCCUGUGUUUGGAACAGUAGAAACAGACAAAGAGAUUGUUAUCCUCACAUAAUCGGUUACCAGUUAGGUAGUCCAGGUGGGGGGUUGAAUUCGAGAUCAGAAAGGCCAUACCAACGACUUUAACAAUGGCACUGGGAGCCGGGAUGGCUCAGUCAGUUAAGGGACUUGCUCCAUGUGCAGGCUGAACCAUAUAGCUGAGAUAUCGCUUAUUCCAGUGUGGGUUAUGCCAUUAGACAUCAGGGGCCUGUAGAGGCAGGACAUGAUGGGAUUCAUCCCGCUAAGGUAGCAUGGGUCAGGGCUCUUCAAGUUACCACUGUAAGGCAGGGUGUGAUAAUAGAUUGCAAGAAUGGGAUUUUAUCUGAAAUACUGCGACAAGGAAAAAGGACAGGAAAAAAACAGAUCAUUUGUAUACUUAUGGGGUCCAUAAUGCAUCAUUCAGUGUUAGGAUCUAAAUAUCUGAAAAAGAGUGUGUUUCAGUGAAAACCCCUCUUUAACAUGUUUGGGACUUAAAAGAUGAGACUUGAAAGUUGCAUUUGACCAAAUGUCUGAUGUACUGUGUGAUGGAGUGUAAUAAUCUGGAAAUAAAAAUAGAAAACAU